AGGCAUUCGCCCGGGGCUCCAACACAAGCACUCGUCAGCUGUGUAAGAAUCCAAACUUUGAAAAGACUGAGGCGCGCGCAGCAGGAGACGCAGAUGGAUCCCGUGGCCAGCAGCUGCAUGAGGAGCCCCCACCCCCCAGCCCCGGGCUGGGGCUGCCUUCGAAAUCCCCGCGCAGAAGGCACUGGGGGCUCAGGUCUGCCCCACUACCCGCCAACACCGUUCUCCUUCCACCAGAAACCAGACUUUCCGGCGACAGCAGCGGCAGCGUACCCCGACUUCUCGGCCUCCUGCCUGGCAGCCACCCCACACAGCCUUCCCCGGGAGGAGCGCCUCUUCACUGAGCAGCACCCCGCUUUCCCACAGCCCCCGGACUGGAACUUCCCCGUCUCCGAGGCCCGGCGCAGGCUCAACCCGGGCCCAGCCGGGGGCUCCGGGGAGAUGGGGGCCAACAGCCCGGGCCUGGUGGACACGACGGGAGGCCCAGGUGAGGACUACGAAGUCCUCGGGAGCACUGCCCAUGAGACAGAGAAGAAGUCAACCAGACGGAAAAAGGAGAGUCCAGACAACCAGGAGAGCCGAGGGAAGCCCGAGGGCAGCAGCAAGGCUCGCAAGGAGAGGACAGCCUUCACCAAGGAGCAGCUGCGGGAGCUCGAGGCCGAGUUUGCGCACCAUAACUACCUGACCCGGCUUCGGAGAUACGAGAUCGCCGUGAACCUGGACCUCUCCGAGCGGCAGGUCAAAGUGUGGUUCCAGAACCGAAGGAUGAAGUGGAAGCGUGUGAAAGGGGGUCAGCCAAUCUCCCCCAACGGGCAGGACCCUGAGGAUGGGGACUCUGCUGCCUCUCCAAGUUCAGAGUGAGAUUCUCCAAGAAGAAAGAAAGACUGAGGACUGAGCCCCCUACCCAGCUACCCUCACCCCAGUCCUCACCCAACCCCUCUUUCACCUUCUCCCACCACCCCCCUUCCCAGGGCAACCUCUCCACGUCUUGCAAUGACUCUUAAACACAAAGCUGUCCAGCAUCCCUGGGAGCCUUGAAGUUUCCCAGAAAGUUCUCUCCAGUUUUGCUCUGUCUUAGCAGCCCCUUCCCCAAGGCCAUUACUUCCCACAGUUCUCAUGGAAUCAUACAGAAGCCCGACUGGACCCAAGCGAAUCUGGGAACAGCUCCAGACACACUGCUGCUUGGGGUCUCUCAGCUGCUGCCCACCUCUCCUGCUACCCCCUCCCUCCGACGCCAGCCAGCCCUCCUCCAGGCCCGGACACCACCUGGUCUGCUGGGUGAGGAGCCUUGGGACCAGCUAGUGACCUGUGAAACCAAAUACUCCAAAGGAAGGAAAUGACUGGAACACAUACACACAGCCUAGACCACCCUUCCUUCCUGGGUUCCGUAUCUGAGGCUUUGGGGAGCCUUCAGUUGUCCCGAAACCCCAGGGAGAAUCAUUAUGAGGAGAGUUGAGGACAGAAACUCAGCGGCUGCCAAUCAGAAACCCAGUCCUUGUCUCCCAAAGUUGUUGGCUGAGCAGGCAAGUUUAUAACACGGGCUGGAGUGGGACAGUCGGAGAAACAGCCUGGUGUAGGUGGUCCCCAUACGGGCCCGUUCACACUGGCUUGACUGCGUGGCUAAGAACGGACCCAGGACAGCACCUGCCUCUUCGGAGUCGAUUCAGGGAUAGAGCUGGGACUGCUGAGCCGCGCCCCAGAGCCACGGAGCAGCUAUUCCUUUUAAAUCCGCAGUUUGGGGAUUGAACACCUAUCCAGACGCUCACAUUAUUGAGUUGGGGGCUGGGAAGUGUCCCCCAUGUCCCGAGGAUGAAGAGAUCGUACUAAGCCCAGUGAGUGACAGCCUAGAAAUGUGGAACCCUGCAGUAGAAGUAUCGUGUGCUUUCAAGGGACCCUGUCUGCAAAUGGGGACAAAAAACCAAUCCCUCUUUCUCCAGGGGAUGCAUCUGAGCCCUUCCAAUGUGUUCCACGAUUGCCGUUAUGACGGGAGGAGCUGCUAAGUUUAUGUUCGGGAACUGCCCAGAUCUUCUGGGGUGACACUCCAGGACUGAUGGCCAAACAGCUUGGGGUGACCCAAGCCUUGGAGAGAGACCCCUGCUGGCCUCAGUACUCUGUCUCCCAACACCAGCUGGUGUUGCAGAGGGAGGUCAGCAAGAGUUUGGAGCUCUUGUGUGUAGAUUUAAUCACUCACAUGUAAAAAAAAAAAAAACCCCACCUCCCCAUCCCGAAAGGACAACCGCUCUGGAAAAUGAUUGCCAAACGAGAUGGCUGGUUAGAGCACGUGUCAUUUUUUCUAAAGCAUAUUUCAUAUAUUUUCUUAAGAUUAUGUCAAGUUAACGGUGCAAGGUUAAUUCACUUAGUAAGAAAACUCUUGGAGAAAUAAAAUCAAUAAAAGAG